UGGAGACAGACAAGAGGGAGGUGGUCGGCGUCUUUGGUAAAACGGGGGCUGGAAAGAGCUCUCUGAUAAAUGCCGUCAUUGGAGUGAAGAAUCUCUUGCCCUCUGGAAGCAUCAGUGCAUGUACCUCAGUGAUGAUUAAAGUGGAGGCUAACAUGCGUAACCCAAAGUAUGAGGCAGAAAUCGAGUUCAUUACAAAAGAGGAGUGGAAAGAGGAGUUGUGGACCUUGUUUAAUUUCCUUGGUGAUAACGAAGAUCAGGAAAAAGAUGAAGAUUAUCAAGACAGUGUUGAAAAGCUGUCAGUGCUGUAUGGAGAAGAAUGGAGAAACAAAUCUCCUGAAAACCUCAUGGAUAAAAAAUACUUCAAAGAAAUUCCUAAAUUUCUCAGUUCCAAGAGUAAGAUUUUGACAAGUUAUACAGCUAAAGAGUUAUCUGCAAAAUUGGUCAAAUACACACGAAGUGAGUCAAAAGAGGAAGAUGCUAAAGACGUGAAGAGGUGGUAUUGGCCACUGGUGAAGUGUGUGACUGUCAGGGUGCCGAAGAAUGGUUUUCUCCAGCACGUCACACUUGUGGAUCUUCCUGGAAACGGGGACCGUAACAAGAGCAGAGACAGGAUGUGGAAAAAGCUUGUUGGAAGCUGUUCUACUGUGUGGAUUGUGGCUGAGAUCAAUCGAGCAGCUGCUGAAAAAGAAUCCUGGGAGAUCCUGAAAGAAUCCUGCAGCCUCAUGGGAAAUGGUGGCGAGUGUCGGCAGAUUCAUUUUAUCUGCACCAAGUCUGAUCAUUUUGGAGGUUCAGAUGAUCAGUCAGCAGCUGGUGUUCGUGCUCAGAUACUGAAACAAAACAAGCAAGCCAAGAUAAAAGUGAUGGCAGAAUUCAGCAAACUAAAAGAGGUUAAGAAACAAUUCAGUGAGGAGUGUUUCAAGGUUUUCACA